AUGUCCAACAAGGAAUAUGUGAUUGCCGAAUCUCGACAGGACUUCGAGGACGGGGGCAUCGACGAGCAAACAUUGUUGGACCUCAAACGGAUAUGGAGAGACAAAUUGUCGAAAACAGGGGUUGCGUCUUUCAGCUGGGACCUGAAGAGACAACAGUACGACGAGAGCAGUAAUAUGCUGGGACUGGGCGACGACCAGAUCAGCUCCCAGACGUACCAGGAGCAGUUCAAUCCUACGGGCAGCGACGCAAAUUCGGGUCUACACAUUCAGGGACUACACCUGCCGCAGUCGGAUCUUGCGCUGCCGACGAACUCGAUGAAGCAGGAGGACGAUCUCGGGGGAAUGAACAUCGCGCUUCCUGGCGGAGGCAGAAUAGGACAGUCGGACGGAACGGUGACGUUUACUGUUGAGGGAAAGCAGGCGGAGGAGCUUGCCAGGAGGCUCCGUCGGACACAGACGGACGGACAGACAGAUCUGGGCGAGGACGGCAACGAGCUGGGAUCCGAUUUGGGCGUGGACUCGGACGAAAUCAACUCGGACCUGGACGACCCCGACGACGACGAGAUCAAUUCGGCAGACGAUAACGAGGACCAGGAGUAUAACAUCAUGCUAUGUUUGUACGAUAGGGUGCAGCGCGUGAAGAACAAGUGGAAGUGCAACCUGAAGGACGGGAUCGCCAACAUCGACGGACGCGACUACGCCUUCCAAAAGGCGACGGGAGAAAGCGAGUGGUAG